GAUCGCAAUCAACCUCAGCGGGUUUUCGCAUCGACGCUUUCAACUAUGUCUGAAGAACAAAUCGCAAACGAAGUUCCUUUGAGAGACGGAAGUUCGGGUAGGCGUGGAAGAAGUCCUGUUAAGAAUUAUGGUUCCUUAACGAAUCGGCAGGCUGCCAUAGCUGACCAAGAAAGUAUCAAGGCAAGACUUAAGCAGAACCAACAAUUAGGUGAAGAUGAGAUUAUCGAAGAAGGAGAGAAGUUAGCUCAGAAAUUUUUUCAUAAUUUCGAUUCCACUGUGAGGGGUGAUAUUUUAGUGGAACUUGAUCAUAGUUUGACCAAUCGUAUUAGUGAACUUUAUUACGAUAAAAUUUCGGAUUAUGUUGAACAAGAUUCAGCUAAUCAAACUAGAGCAGUGAUUGAUGCCAGUGUAACUGAUAAUUGCCGUAAAUUUCGUGGUGGCAUCGAUUUAGGACUGGCUGUUAAAUUAAGAGCAUCUGCAACUAAAUUUGAACAGGAUAAUAUUAAUUAUCUUUGCGCUCUUAAUAAUGUUGAAAUCCAGACUCCCAAAAGAACAGGAAUCAUCAUUAACCAAGUAGGAAAGACUGACCUCAAAGAUCCGUUUAGUAUUUGGGGAGUUUUAGGGCGAGAAGUUGCUCCCUACAUGGUUACACCAGCAGACUGGGACACCGUCAACGGUUUUUUAUUUGAUGAGACUGCCUUUAAAGGCAUGAUUGAUGGCAGUUCAAUAACUGUCAAUUACAUCAAAUAUAUUAUUCAAGAAAGAUUCGAUGAUUUACGAUCUAAGGGUCAUAUUUUGACGGAUCUAACCGGAAACUGUGUUACCAUAACUUUCCCUCCGUUUACUUUUAAAGACGCGACAGUUGCUUCGGUGGCUAACUAUGCAAAUAAUUAUUUAUUUACGAUGUUCACUUAUCAGAACAAUCCGGCUGCGGUAUCAAUCGCCGCGAUUAUUAGUUUAUCUCAAGUGAGCGUCAAUUGGUUUGAUAAUACGGGAGCUCAGAUUGGAACCGUAUUGAGUCAACCAACUAAUACAUGGAUCGAUGGAGUUACGGUACAAGAGGUGCUAAAUGCUAUUGGUUUAUGGAAUAUAAAUGAUUAUAUUACCGAUAGCCGAAUUAAUGAUGCAGCUGUUUUAGCUAUUGAACAAUGGAAUAAUUCCAUUUCUUCGCCGUUUAAACGUUUUAUUCAAAUGGAGAUGUUUAGAUAUUCUGCUUAUGGGGCUGAUUCACAAAUAGUAGAAGUUGAUGGGAACUGUGUCACUCAUGACACUGAUGCGUUUGAACCUCAUGAAAGGAAACGUUAUGGUUUGGUUUUAAAUAGUAUUAAAGGAAAAGCCAAAGCAACAGUUAAAAGGAAGAUUUCUGAAGGUGGAGCCAUGUUUGGUGUAGCUGUUAGGUAUGCAGAAAAAGUUAUUUAUACCUCUGAACAU